AUGAGUGCGCUCCGGAGAAGUGUCACAAAGGCGAGGCCAGGAGUCGCCGCUCGGUCAUUUACCUCACCCCCAACCUCAGCAUACGGACGCUCUCCAGCCCACAGGCGGUUAUGGACAGCGACAACAGAUGCGCAGAGAUCUGACCUGUCAUCCUUCCGGAGCCCCAACUCCGCACAACUCUUCACCUCAGCCCCGUUCGUCCUCCGAACUCGGCUUCAACCGCAAGAUAUCCUUUCCCGAACCGCCAUUAGCUAUACCCGACAUUUCCACUCCAGCUCACAACUGCACCAAGAGGCGAAGCUAAAGGAGGAUAUAAAGGAGCCGCGCCCCGAAGAUCCAGCCGCGCAACCAGACCCCUCAGCCAAAGGUCCCACAAACGAGCAGGCCUCCGAGGAGCACGCGAAGAAGGAGGGCGAGGAGCAGCCAAACGACCAAGCUAAAGACGACAAGAAGAAGAAGAAAGCCGACACGCCGCCUCCACCCCCCCACGGCGACAAGACACCCUGGCAGGUCUUCACCGAGACGCUGAAGACGGAGUUCAAGGCGUCGAAGGAGUGGAACGAGUCUACGAAGCAGCUGGCAGGCGAGGUCAACGCUUUCACGCAGAAUGAGACAAUCAAGAAGGCCAGGUCGGCCUAUAGCCAGGCAGCAGAUGCGGCAACGUCAAAGGGCGGCGCCGCGCUAAAGACGACAGGCAGGGCGAUCGGGCAGAGUGCGGCGUGGACAUGGGACACGUCGGUAGUAAAGGGCGUUAGGAAGGGCGUCUCUGCCACCGGGCGCGGGAUCGAGAAGGUGACGCGACCGGUGCGGGAGACGGAGGCGUUCAAGAGCGUUAAGGAAACAAUAGACGAUGGUAGUUCGUCCCGGUACGGUGGAUGGACGGAGAAGGAGGAGCGGAGGAAGCGUAGGGAGCUCAGAGAGAUGAACGAAAUACAGAAGACCGGUGGUAAGAGGCCCACGGGGCCUGUGGAGGAGGAUCCAAACGCCGGCACAAAUGUCACUCUCCACAAGGAUGCCGCAUGGAAAGAGUCAUGGAGAGACUUCCGCGACUCUAGCCGACUGAUGCAAUCCCUCUUCUCCGUCAAAUCUAUUUACAACGAGUCCGAGAACCCGCUCAUCUCUACCGCGCGCAGCAUCUCCGACCGCGUCGCCGGCUUCUUCGCCGAAAACGAGACGGCCAUGGUCAUCAAGAAGUUCAGAGAGAUGGACCCUAAUUUCCAGCUCGAGCCGUUCCUAACGGAGAUGCGCGAGUACAUAUUACCGGAAGUGCUCGAUGCGUACGUCAAGGGCGACGUCGAGGUGCUUAAGCUCUGGCUGUCCGCUGCGCAGUAUCAGGUCUACGCUGCGUUGAUGCAGCAGUACACUACCGCUGGUCUCAAAUCCGACGGCCGCAUUCUGGAUAUCAGGCAUGUCGACAUUCUGUCGGCGCGGAUUCUGGAGCCCGGCGAUAUCCCCGUCUUCAUCGUCACGUGCCGGACGCAGGAAGUGCACGUCUACAGGCAGGCCAAGACCGGCGAGCUUGCAGCGGGAAUGGACGACAAGGUGCAGCAGGUCACAUAUGCCAUUGGUGUCACGAGGAUACCGGAGGAUGUAAACAACCCAGAAACGAGAGGCUGGCGCUUGAUCGAGCUGCAAAAGAGCGCUCGAGAUUACAUAUGA